AUGCCCGUCCAACAGCACGUGCUUAACUGGCUGUACAGCGUCCUGACGAGCGAAUAUCACGACGUCAACCGCACCUACAACGACGUCGCCACUGUCCUCGCUCGAUACCCAACGCUUGCGCCACGGACCGAUGUUCACACCUUCCCCAAUGGCGCCAGCGCCCUGCUGUUGCACCUAAAGGGCACAAUCCCCGUCCUCUUCCGAGGCGCCACAUACCGGUUUCCAGUCUCAAUAUGGGUGCCGCAUGCGUACCCGCGCGAGGCGCCGCUGGUGUAUGUGACGCCGACGGACACGAUGAUGGUCCGCCCGGGCCAGCAUGUCGACCCCCAGGGCCAGGUCUAUCACCCGUAUCUGGCUGGCUGGGUGGACUUUUGGGAUAAAUCGACCCUGAAUGACCUUCUCUCCGUCUUGACCGACAUCUUUGCAAAAGAGCCUCCGGUUAUCGCGCGCCAGCAGGCUCGUGCGGCUGCCCAGAGCCCGCCUCCCCCCCAACAGCCGCCUCCGAUUGCCCCCCAUCCCCCAGAAAGGCCGCUUCCCCCGAAAUCAUCUCCUGCGCCGCCUCAUACACGUCAAGAAGAACCCCGUCCACCACCGCCGCCCCCGAAACCCCAUCAAGAAGUUCCUCGGCAAGAGACGCCUCGACAAGAGGCUCGCCCACCGCCGGUUCCUCCACACCCUCAUCUCUCCUCUCCUAGCCCACCCAGCGCUGGAAUACCCUCUAGAUAUGAUUCUGCUCCCCCCCUCCCGCCGCAGGCUCAAGUAUCCAGGCCACCCUACCAACCUCAGCCUCAUACUCAAUCACUCCCUCCGUACGCAAACGCUCAGGGGCCUUAUCCCCCCCAAUCACCUCCUCAGACGCAUCCGCAGCCUCUGCCGCAAUUUCAGCCACCUCUGGGGCCAACUUCUCCAUUCGCAGGUCAAUAUCCACAUGGACAGUUACCACCACAGGGGCAGUGGCAGCCAACCCAGCAGCAGCAGGCAUGGGAUAGAAUUCCACUUCCGCCGCACCAGCAACAGCAACCACUUCAACCCGUACAGCAGAAACCACCGCCUCCACCAAAUCUCCUCGACGAUUCGCUGAAUUUGGAGAUCUCGUCUCAUGGUAUCGAACCCCCUCCCAUUCCUCCAAAUCCCGAGAAGGAUGCUCUUCUUCGACAGCUCGCCCAGACCCUGGCGUCCAUCCGGCAACGCAGUCGACAGCAGAAUGAGUCCAGUAUGGCCGGACUAGAGGCACAGCAGUCUGCCAUGCUGUCUGCCAUGUCCGCCCUACAAGCAGAGAUGGGGCAGCUCACUCAGUUAUCCAACGUCAUUACCUCCAACACGAACAUUCUUCAUGAUGCUCUGCGUAAGGCAGAUGCCGUGAUCGAAGGCUCGAGGAGCUACGUUGUUCCUGAUAUCGACGAGCUGUUAGUGGCCCCGACGGUAGUCGCCAAUCAGCUGUACAGGGUCGUGGCGGAAGAGAGAGCACUGGGCGACGCCAUCUUCAUGCUGGGGCGCGCGGUUGAGAGAGGUCGCAUAUCGCCCGCCGCGUUUGCCAAGAUGACACGGUCCCUGGCAAGAGAGUGGUAUUUGAAGAAGGCUCUGGCACGCAAGAUUGCGCAGGGCAUGGGACUUUUGAUGCCUCCAACGUGA